UUCUAGAAAGUGAACCUUGAAGACAAAGUCACAAAGCAAAAGAAAACACCAAAACCAAUCGACACACGUAACUCGUGCUGUUCAUCUAAACAAAUUCAGCUGAAUCUGCAACAACUUGAAGGAGACAGAGAGUGGAACAAGUAAGAAAAAUGUACGUAGAUCACGCGUUCUCGAUUUCCGAUGAAGACAUGAUGAUGGAGACAUCUUACACGGCGAAUAACAAACCGCCGAUCAAGGAGAUCGGUCUCGCCAUUGCUCUUCUCGUCUUCGGAACCCUAGGGAUCAUCAUCGGUUCUCUCAUGGCGUAUCAUCACGUCGGCGGCGACACCGCUCACGGUCUUUUCUUUGCAAUACUGGGAUCGAUCUUGUUCAUACCGGGCUUCUACUAUACGCGGAUUGCAUAUUAUGCUUACAAAGGAUACAAAGGGUUCUCUUUCUCUAACAUACCUCCUGUAUAGUCUUCUCAAGUAGCAUCCUUGUGUAUAGAUCUUCUAUGGUUUUCACUUUUUUUGUUGCUCUUUUGUUUAUUUGUUUUGCCUUACAUCUAAUAUAUAUUUACAUGGACUACAAAUGCUCUGAACAAAUAUAUUUACAGCUACUAAGAAUUUAUAUUGUUCUAUAGAAUGAAGAAUCAAUCUUCCUGCUUUGAAAUA